CGCCCCUCCGCUCCGUGCCCGGCCUCUCGCCAUCCCCUCGCCCGUUGUGCCUCGCUCCCCGCCUUGCCCCGCCGCACUCCGACCGUUGGCUCACGGCGAUGGCGGCGAAGCUGAUGAUGCGCGUUCUGCUGCUCGUUGUCCUCACCGGGCUGCUCCUGUGCCCCGGAGCUGCUGCCAGCACCCCGCCGGCGUGCGAGAAGUACAGCCGUCUGCCUGGAUGUCCGAGGGACUACAACCCCGUCUGUGGGAGCGAUGGAAAGACCUACGCCAAUGAGUGUGUGCUCUGCCUUUCCAACAGUGAAGAACAUAAGCAUGUCCAGAUAUACAAGACUGGAAUGUGCUGAUAUGGCAGAUGGCAACUCUUCAAGCAAAUGAGGACAAAGUCAGUCCAAAUAGAAACACUUCAUUAAAAGUAGUUUCUCUGUAGUCUGCCCUAAUAAAUAAACUUGCAUUUUUAAACAAA